CGUCGUGUGUCAGUUUCGGGAGCUGUAUCAGUUUCAGGAGCUGCUCCUGGGACUCAAGAUGCAACAUUUUGGGAAUAAUUUCUGGGGGGAGAAAAACAAUGGCUUUGACGUCCUUUACCACAACAUGAAACAUGGACAGAUUUCUGUCAAAGAGCUGGCUGACUUUGUGAGAGAAAGGGCUCUGAUUGAAGAAUCCUAUUCAAAAUCAAUGUCCAAGUUAGCAAAGGUGGUGAGCAACAGUUCACUGGGGACUUUCGCUCCAAUGUGGGAGGUCUUCCGGACCUCGGCUGAUAAAUUGGCUCUUUGUCAUUUCGAGUUGGUGCGGAAACUCAACGACUUGAUCAAAGAAAUGAACCGGUUCAACGAGGAGCAGGUCAAAAUGCACAGGAAGACGAAGGAGGAGGUGUCAGGGACACUGGAAGCUGUGCAGAAUGUUCAAUCCAGUGGCCAGCUCCUGCAGAAAUGCAAAGACAAUUAUCAAAGUAAAUGGCUGGAGUGGGACAGACUGAAAAAGGAUGGUGCUUCUCAGAAAGAGAUUGAUAAGGCUGAAGCCAAAUCAAAGAAAGCCGCAGAAUCGUACAAAGCGAGCAUCAAGAAAUAUCGUACUACUCGGUCUGAUUACCAGCUGAAGAUGGCAGACGCUGCCCAGAAGUUCCAGCAGGUUGAAGAGAUUCACCUGAGACACAUGAAGGGGUUAAUCAAGUCAUACUGCCACUCCAUUGAAGAUACUCAUGUUCAGGUGGGCCAGGUUCAUGAAGAGUUCAAACAGAAUGUGGAGAAUAUUCAGGUGCAGGACCUGAUCCAGAAGUAUGCCCUGACCAAAGGGACUGGCAAAGAGAAGCCAGGGCCAAUCGAUUUUGAGGAAUGUAACCCGGAUGUUCUGCUGGAAGCUCCAAAGAAAAGCAAGCGGAAAUCCUUUGUGAUCCCAGGACUUGGCAAGAGGGAGAAGGACAGCGAUUCCACGGGCUCUCCGGAUGCUGACUCCAUUAAUUCUCCCGAGGUGGAUGAAGAAGGUUACACCAUCAGACCUGACAUUGUUCGGAAUGAUGAGAGGGAGACCCAGCCCUGCUCCUCCAGUGACUCGGACUUCGAUGAUGAUGAACCCCGGAAGUUCCAUGUGGAGAUCAAGCCGGUGACAGUGAAAGACUGGGCCUCUGACCAAGCCACAUCAGUGGAGCAGCUGAGGGCCUCGAUUGGGAAUAUCGUCCUCUCCUCCAAUCCCACUAUUCCAUCCAAAAGGAAUUCCACACGGCACUCAAUCCAAUUGGCUCCACUUGCCGUGGAAGGGAACCCCCAGGGUAUUCCCACUAGAGAGGCAGCUAUGUUCCAAUGCAGCAGCCCAGGCUCCGAGUCCAGCAGGACCCUUGCCUCACAGAAUGGUGUCAGCUUUCUGGAUCCACUAUUUGGGCCACCGCUGGAUGCUAUGUUUGAGAAACAAGAACUUGGAGCCCAGUGUCACCAAGUCGAUGUGAAUCCUCUGCCACUGAGCGCUCCGACCAGCUCCAGUGCACUCGAAACGGUGGAAGAUUCUGGUCUCGAUUCUCCUUCUCUCCCAACCACUGACACUUCCUCACCAUCUCCAGAAUCCAGACCUUGGACCCCCCAGCCUGUCACCCCUCCAGUCUCACUACCACUCAGCAGCAGCUUCUCCCCAACCUGCAACGAAGCUUCCUCGCGCCCUGUUCCAGUUUGUAGCCUCCAGUCAAAUGAGGGGACCUCCAGUACGGAUCUUCACCAUGGUGCAGACAGAGAGCUGUCUCCUGUGGAUAUCUGUUCAGACACUGAGCCUUCGGUUCCAGCUGUCCAGGGGUUAGUCACUGCCACGGCUACAUCAGCUACAGGUUCCGUUUCUAGUUUACUUCUCACAUUGUUUUCUUUGCUUGGGGGAAAGAGAAAUCUGUGUUGUGUCUUUUACCCACGAGAGUGUUGUAUGGUUACAAGCUUGGUCAAAUUCAGUGUCUGGACUAGGUCUGUCAGCCCAUCGAGUCUGUCCCCUUCAGCCAAUCAGAAUCCUGUUGAUGAAGCAGCCUCUGCACGUUCCUUCCAGAAUCGAACCAUGACUCCAGCCUCGAGUGUGUGUAUUUCCCGAGGACCAAGCCCAGUGACUGUAGGCAGCCAUGACACCUUGCCCAUUGCAGCUGCUUUCACAGAAUGUAUCGAUGCCUACUUCAGGGGUGGAGAGUUUGCAAAUGCAAUUGUGAAGCUGACUGGAGAUCUGACCAUGUCCUUCCCAGCGGGAAUUGUUCGGAUCUUCAGCGGGAAUCCUUCGCCAGCUGUCAUCAGCUUCAGGAUUUUGAAUGCUAACCACAUUACGCAGUUUCUGUCCAAUUCUCAACUACUGUACAGUGAUCUAUCACAGAGUGACUCUGAUGUGAAAGAUUUCUGGUUGAACAUGUCUGCAGUCACAGCCCAGCUACAGAAACAAGCCAAGCAGAAUCCUAGUGCCUCCUACUUCAACAUCAGCCUCCUCAAAUACCAGGUUUCUGCUCUGGACUGUCCAGCUGUUCCUCUGAAAGUCGCUGCUCGCUGGAAAUGUGAGUCCGGUUACACAGAGGUCACCCUAGAUUAUGAGUCUGACCCAGGCAGCACAGUGAAGGAGCUGAGAAACCUGCAGACCCUGCUACCGCUGGAAGGAGCUGUCAGUAACAUCCAGUCCCAGCCCACUGCUGUCUGGAACUCCAAACAGAAGAGGCUGUGCUGGAACCUUCCGGAUAUCUGUAGCCAGUCAGGACCUGAAGGGAGAGGAUCACUUUCUGCGAGCUGGGAAGUGUCUAAUGGCCCAAGUAAACCCUCCCCCGUGGCCCUGCAGUUUACAAGUGAAGGGAACACGAUGUCAGGAGCUGAUAUCUGUCUGGUGGGGGCUGGAUACAGACUCUCUCUGGUAAAGAAGAAAUUAGUUACAGGCAAGUACUUUGCAGGAUGCUAUUGAGGAGUUUUCCCACUGGAUGAAGAUUUGUGUGUGCACUCGACUUGCUGUCCAUCUGGGAACUGUUUGAGAGAUUGCACUAUUUUGAGUGGUUAUGGACCCUGACAUAUCUAACAGUUUACCUCAAUCACUUUCUGAUUUGGUCUGUGAUUUUUUUUAAAGUCUUGGCAUUCAGCAUGUUUCUGUUCCUAAAUGGAAAAUCUUUCAACCAAACUCCACCUGUAUAGUAAGAGUUUGAAUUUCAGUGUUCCCAUUCCAAAUUUCAUUGUAGGUCAGUCUUGGUGCUUGCCCCAUGCAACUUACAGCUGGAAAGAGAGGAGCAAUAUAAAUGCUCUUAUUCACAAUAUGCAGUGUUUCCCUGAACCAUUCUCUCCUGUAUUUAUUGCACUUUGGAACGAAUGGUUCUGACUCUGUUAACCUCUGGCUGUUCCAGCAGAGUUCAGGGGUAAUGAGAGUUCCUGCGAUCGUUCUGUUUCAUGAAAGAUACAAUGUCGGGAAUUUUGUGUUUUAUCUUUUUGUAGUUGGCUGGAGCUCAGUGACCGUAAAUGUGACUGUGUCAGCAUCAGUGACCUGCUCGAAACCAGUGAAUAGGAAUGAGACUCUGAGACACGCCUCCCCCUUUAGGGUGACGAGAUUUCUAGGGGGGCUCAUCCUGAGAUGUAGUGGUUUUGGGGAUUAACCUAUUUGAAGCUUUUUUUUAAAACUCCAGACAAGAUGUUUUAAACCAUGGCAGCAUUAGAGUGAGGUCUGAAACUACAGGAAGAUGAUGAGAUUAAUCUCCUUCAUGGUUCCAUUUUAAUUUUCGGAAUCCCCUAUGAAUUUUCUCUUUUCUUUUGUUAUGAGGAGAUUUAAUAUAUGAAUUGCUGAAGACUCCGGGGCAAUCUUGGAGAUUUGGCACCGAAUGCUCCUUGCUUUACGAGCAGUGAUUGGGUGAAUGUCAUUUUCGACUCCAGGAGCUAGGAAUUCUGGAUGUAACAAAUUUGGACUCUCAGUGGAUUCAGUUGUGGGUGGUUUUGAUGUCUUUAAAGCAGUGUCAAUUCAAAUUGAGGUAUUGUAUCCAGACAUAAUGAAUUUAAGCUCAUUGGGUUUUGUGUGACACGCUGAUAGUCCAGUUUGUUUCUGUGCCAGACUGAGGGAAGGAGGACUAGCAGAUCCAGAUUGGCCACUGGUCUGACCUGGGUCACAAGCUGAUGGAGACCAUCUGUUUGAACUCCUCUUCGUCUGUAACCCAUUGACAUAAUUGCCUGGGGUUUAUCAUCCUGUCACUGUUUCCAGAAGGUCUGCCAGACUACACAGAACCUUUUGGUCAACAUCAGAUCCUAGGGUGAUGUCUGAAUAGUUGAAGAGCCCCAUUACUGUGCCACGUGGUCAAUGAAUGGCCACUGGCAGCAAAAUCCUCGGGAAACGAGUUAGUAUCUGAGCUUCAGUGAGAGUCAGCCCCUUGAGGAGAAGAAAGGGAACCCCAUACCCCAGUGAGAGUCAGCCCCUUCAGGAGAGGGAGGGGGACCCCGUACCGCAGUGAGAGUCAGCACCUUCAGGAUAGGAAAUGAAAAAUAAAUUAUUUUUAUAGAAGAUUUGCUCAGUAAAAGCUGUCAGAUUCUCAGGCCUAGGUGCUGUCACUCCUAAAGAUUUUAACUGUCUUCUAGUGUUUAAUCUCUAUUCUCUAAAUUGUUGAAGAUGUACAGCUAGGAAUGUUUACACGUUGAGACUGAAUUUCUGACUUGUCAAUUUAAGCGUCUGGAAUAAUUGUCUCACAAGGGUCUUGGAUUUGUUAUUGGGUGAAUUUUGGGGUGUUAUUGGGUUGCAGUUGUCGCCUGUGAAAGUGAGGAUUCUAGUCAUUCUUGUUCAGUGUGAAUGGGACAAACUGUGGGUGUGAAGGAGUUGUCAAGCUUUCAGAUUUGAAGCUUCAUCUCCUGACUGUCUCCAGGCAAUGUACAGAAAACUCACCUCAAUAGGCUCAAUGAGAGAGAGAACUGAAUGCUGUUGUGAUGGAGAUCUUGCAAAAGGGAUCUGGACAAUCAAGAAUGAUCUGAUUUGGAUAAUGAAGGGACAGCUUGCUUUCUAAUGGGUCACGGGGUAGGAGCAGCAUUCCUAUUGGGAAGUCUCGUGGCAAAUCACUGAAGGGGAAGGGAGAUUGGCAGGUCAUGUGAUGAAACCACCAGGAUUGUCUAAGCAAAGUUGGCAUUCCCAAUUUGGACAAAUGGUCUAUAUUAUUCCUAGAGGCUGCCUUGAAAGUAUUUGAAGGUGCUUACUGAAGUUAAGAUUUCAGUUCCUGGUUUUAUUGACCAAGGGACAACUGGGGCUUGAGGUCAGGCAGAAUAUCUGAUGGAGCUGGAGCUGGAGCUGGAGCUCUGAGAUGGGAGGGAGUCAAUGCAGGCCCCUUGCCCUGCCAACGUGUACUCGGGCUGGGACACUCUUCAUGCUGGGCUUGCCAACUCUCACCUGAUGAGUUCCUGGAGAUUGAAUCAUGUGACUCCCAUCUCAAAACCUGACCACCCCCCACCCAAAUAAAAGUUGGUCCAUCUUCCAGCCACCAUGAUCUGAUUGGAUGAAUCUGCACCAUCAGUAAAGCUAAGACUUUUUUCCCAAAUCAUGAUAUCUUUGUAUUUGAUUUUGAUCAAAAGAAAAUGUGCAAUAUUUGAAUUUAGCUGUGAACUCUUUUGAUUCCAGAGUUUUUAAGUCCUCAAAUAAUCUUCAAUUCCUCUGGACUCCAGGCCAGACUUGGAGGGUCAGUAACUUUAGCAGUGGGGGAGAUUUGUUUUAUUUUACAACAUACCCUGCCUGAGGCAUAAUUUAUACUUUGCCCUGAUAUUUUGUUUGUAAUAUUGUCUGGAAAGUAUCUAAGAUAAUGUGUCAGGGUCAGGGAUGUUUUUCAAAUAGACACUUCAACCCAAUUAAUGAUACAACAUGGGAUCAAUGUUGCUGGGAGACUUUGGGGUGAUUUAGUUCCUAGCCCCAUGCCUACCUAGAAGGUUUUACUUACAUAAAACCUUUGAUCAUUCUUGGAAAUAGAAUCAAGGGUAUGAUAACUCCCACUUGUAUCAAUCUGGGUGACUGUUCAGGAGCUGGGUUUAUGGAUGUGAGAACAUUGCUGUCCCCAUUAUACAUUGUGUUUGGUGUGUUCCUUGCCCUAGACACACUGCCUUUUACAGUUUCAUUGACAAAAUGUUUUCCUACAAUUUACAAAAUGGCAAAUGAGCUUUGUUGUGAUGUCAUUACAAAGUUGCUGUAAUCUGAGAGAAUUUACAACAACAAUAACAGGGAAAUGUUCCAGCUGUAAUAUGUGAUUUCACCCUCGCAUCUAGUGUUAUUGGAUGGUCUGGAACCUCAGAGAGAGAACUUUGAUUUAUAUAAUUAUUAAAUGUAUAUACAUGUGAAAACUAGCCAGGUCUUCUUAUGUGAAUUAACCUUCAUUUUGGGGUGUGUUUAAUUUUUUGCUUUUCCAUUUCUCACUGUACCAACAGACUCCCUCAGCCCCCCUCCCCUCCCCACCCCACCUCAACCUCUCUUCCCCACCCUGAGAAAUCCAGCUGGGCUUGGGGGCUGGAGGUUUGAGAUUCUGAAGGGUCCUCCUUCUGUGUGAACACUGAUGAUGAUGGUCAGCCUCCUAUGAUGAGGUCUAGCCUGUACACUGAACCAAGCAAUAAACAAAACCUAACAGCAAAGCA